CACCCGGUCUAGAUUCUACACUUCAUCUGAUGAUUGAUUUGUUUAGUUGUAUCCUCCGCGAGCUGGGGGAGGAGCGAUUGUGCGAGUAAUCUGACCAGGGAUGCUGAACCUCGGCAUGUCGAUCGUUCCCCACAUCUCCGGGCGUCCUCCGCAUCACGCUUGUUUCGCGUUCCAGGAACAUCAACAAACACGAUAGGAACGCUCGAGAGAUCAUCAGGUUCCGCGAGUAUCUAUACAAGACACAACUGUCCUUCCUGCGAAGAACACCUCUGAGUUCCAUCAUCAUGUCCGAGACAAAACCACUUGCAAAGACCGAGGAAACAACCUACUACGAACCAGAUCCAGACUCCUACGUCAGCUAUCAACGCGAAAUAUAUGCCAGUCUUCGAAAGCCCAAAUACUCAACGAAACCUGCACAAUGGGAAGCAGCUGCUCGAGCUGCGGUUCCUGAACCAAAUUUCCUUUAUGUCAACGGCUCUGCAAGCAGCGAAUCAACAUAUACAGCAAACGUGUCAGCUUUCGAGAGAUACCGACUACGUCCAUGGAUGCUGGUGAAGGCUACUCGACGCGACAUGUCUGUUGAGAUCUUUGGACGAAAGUACAAAAGUCCAUUGCUUGUGGCACCAAUUGGUGUACAAGAGAUUCUUCAUCAUGACGCCGAAGAAGCAACCGCAAGAGCUUGUGCUGCUGUGAAGGUACCUAUGAUCCUUUCAACGGCUGCUACUCGAAGCAUCGAGCAAGUCGCCCAGGCCAACGGAGAUGGCGACCGGUGGUACCAACUCUAUUGGCCUAAGCCGCAAGCUGAGGAGCUUACGGCGAGCUUGCUUAGCCGCGCAAAGGCAAGCGGCUUCCAGGUGCUAGUUGUGACUCUCGACACGUUCAUGAUAGGCUGGCGACCAAAUGAUCUCGAUGAAUCAUACAUCCCCUUCAUUUGGGGCCAGGGCUGUCAGAUCGGCUUCUCAGACCCUGUCUUCAAUCGCAUGUACGAGGAGAUGCAAGCUGCAGAUACUCGUAGCAUCAGCGAGAAGGUGUCGGAGAUCUGGCAGAUUCUGAAAAGACCGGGGAGCAUCGGAGGAGCGGCGAAGGUCCUGAGCCAUGCCAGCAUCAUUAAGAAGGCCAUGUUGUUCACAGAUCUGGUAGCGUCUGGGAAUUACCGCGAUUGGAACGAUUUGAAGAUUCUUAGGAAGUAUUGGGAUGGGCCUAUUGUGUUGAAGGGCAUUCAGACCGUGGAGGAUGCGCAUCGAGCUGUUGAGCACGGAAUGGAUGGCAUCAUUGUCUCUAACCAUGGAGGACGACAGCUUGACGGAGCGAUUGCAUCGCUAGACGCGUUGGCGGAUAUUGGUGCUGAUGACAAGAUCAAAAGCUCGGGCUUGACUGUGCUAUUCGACUCUGGUAUCCGAACUGGGUCAGAUGUUCUCAAAGCCCUCGCCUUGGGGGCAAAAGCUGUCUUGGUUGGACGUCCGUAUGCAUAUGGCCUUGCGAUGGGAGGCGAGGAAGGUGUUAAGCACGUACUCAACUGUAUGCUCGCUGAUACAGACAACUCAUUGGCGAAUCUCGGGAAGAAGAGUACAGCGGAGAUCAGUCGGGACGAUUUGAGGGUGAUGCAACAGCCAGCAAAGUUGUAGUUGGCAACCUAGGCGCCUACCAAUGAUGUUUGUGCUGCGAGCUGUAUAAUAGUUUCGCAGAUCGAUGCAUACCUGAAGGUCAGCGGUAGCAGCACUUCAAGGCAAUUGUAUUGUAAGCACCAAAAGGUCGAGAUAGUUAUCAUCCGUCAAGGAUGUCUGCAAUC